UGAAAUAGGUAGAAGUUUGUAUAGUUUUCAAUCAAAAGAUUAAUAGAAUUAGAUUAAGAUUUUAAUUGUAAGACAAAUACUACAAUUAACAACAUAACAAACUGUGCGGUGGUAACCGUACUUGGUGCCCGCCGCCCCAUUCUAACCGAUCCAUGAUAGACUGAUGUUCAUCCACAACAUAACGACCCGUAUAAAUAAAGCCUAUUAAUUUCCCAACAAUUACAAUCUACUCCUUUUCUUCCGUCCAUUUCUCUGCUACUCUCUCAAAUACCUCGCUCUCUCCGUCUUCUAAGCUCUCCAACCAUGGCAAGAGGCUCCUCAUCUCAGUCGCAGCCAGCGUCUUCCUCUACCUCACGCCCUGGCGUCAUGGCUCCCCGUGGUUCUGCCGCCGCCACCGCUGGAAUGCGUCGCCGUCGACUCGGUGGAGGCAACACCAGUAGCUCGGGCGGUAUCUCAGGCGGGUCCGGUCCUGGUAGCAACAUGCUUAGGUUCUACACCGACGACGCUCCGGGCUUGAAGAUCAGUCCGACUGUCGUGCUCGUCAUGAGCCUCUGCUUCAUCGGCUUUGUCACGGCCCUACACGUCUUCGGCAAAUUCUACCGCUAUCGAUACGCUGGAGGUGCUUGAUUUCCUGUUUCUGGUUCCGAUCAUCGUGUUCCCCGAUCGUUUUGGAUUCGGAGGAAUAGAGACCCUUUGUCGAUUCCCAUAGCUGAAUUCUAAGGAGCUCAGAGGAUUUUGGCGAACACUGUAUUGAAGACUGGAGAAGAAAGAAGUAAAGUAGCUAGAAAGGCAAGACCUGUCGGAUUCUAUGGAGAAGUAAAAAAGGAAAGAAAAGUCUCUCGUGCUUGUUGGGACUCAAAUUCCAGUGGAACUAGCUUGGAAGCAUUGAGAAUUAGGCCACAGGUAUUCUUGUACAUGUUAGAGAUCAAUAUAUUCUAAAAUGUUUGGGAUGUGUUGAAGUCUGGUUAUUUAGUAAGCACUAAAUAGAAAGCUUAGUCUUUUACAAAGCUGACUUUUGAUGAUUAUGGAGGACGAGAAGAUGUUUAAUUGUUUAAUAAUUUUCUUUCCUAGAGCCCCAUCGCCAGCAAUUUAUUAGGAUUUUGCAAAAGGAUUAGCGCUACUUACAAUUAUAUAGACUAGUUCCCUUGUAUGCCAGUUUUGUGUUUAAAGAUGAGAGACAAGAUCAAAGAAGUACUUGUUCUGUCGUUGCCAAUAUAAAUAUGGUCCAACUCUGUAGACAUUGCAAUAUUGCAAUUCUCUACCAUUGACUACUAAAUAAUAAUGCAAAUGCUAGGCAGUUGACAAGAAAGGAUAUGUAUAUAUACAUAUAUAAUAUAAAUAUAUAUAUAUAUAUAUAUAUGUGUGUGUGUUCUUUUAAUAAUUGGCUCAUAAGAAAAUAUAAUUUGUGGAUAAUGCGACUAGAUUGGUGGGGUCGUUGUUUGUUGUAUGAUUCUGAAAUUUCUCCUCGUGUUAACCCCAUACCACCUACUACCCCUUACCCCUAGAGACAAGUAAUUAUUAUAUAUAUGUAUAUAUAUAUAUAUAUAUUUAUAUUAUAUAUGUAUAUAUAUAUAUAUAUUUUUUUUUUUUUACCAGAAGAGACAGUGAUUGGAUUGUUACUUCACCUGGGGGAAAAAUGGCAAGGUAGUGCUAUUAGCUUAAUAGCUAUUCGCAUUUCAUUAUCUUAUCUGGAUUAUUUUUUUAAAAUUUUUUUUAUAUUUUUCAGUGACUUGUCACUUAACAACAAUGGGUUAAUAACAAAGCUUUUGAAACAAACUCUGGUUUACUCAUUAUACAUUCUUAUUACAUUAGUGUUGAUGAGGGAAAAAUGGAAAGGUUGUGUUAUUAGUUUAAGAGCUAUUGGCCUUUCAUUAUAUUGUCUGGCAUAAUAUAUGGAUAUAUAUUUUCAGUGGCUUGACACUUGACAACCAAUUUUUUUUUCUUUUUUUUCUUUUGUUUUUUUUUUUUUUGGGGGUAAUACACUUAAACAACCAUGUUGGGUUGACAAAGAUUUUGAAACAAACUCUGGUUUACUCAUCAUACAAGCAUAACUUACAUUAUCUUAUCUGGUAUAAUAUAUACGUAUAUAUAUAUAUAUAUAUCCUCAGUGACUUGUCACUUAACAACCAUAACGGGUAAACAAAGAUUUUGAAACAAACACUGGUUUACUCAUCAUACAAGCAUAUUACAUUACUGUACGCGAGGAAAAAUAUACUCAAAAUUCUCUUGCCUAGAUACCAGGUACAAAAAUCCUUCACCACAUGAAUACGUCAAACUAUGCUUUCAGGAAACACAAGUUUUCCCACUAACCAACAUGAUACUAAACAAAAUAUGCCAAAAUACACAAAACAAACAUGGUUUUGACUGUUUAAAUCCACUGAAAAUAAAAUAUAUGUUGAGGAAAUUAGAAAGGUCGAGUGCAAAAUGACCUUAGCCUUUGUUUGAAUAGAAACUUGUAGCAAUGCAUUGGGAGGUAGGUGAUUAUAUUGAUUCAUACUGAGCAAAUACAUUUUACUUCAAAAAUGCAGCCAGAUAAAAUAUUUAGCUAUAGGAACUUGUAGCAACCAAAAGAAAUAUUAUGAAGCUUUCGUAGAUAUACAGUGUAUGAUCGAACAUCCACAGUUAUAAAACUGCAGCCAGAAAGACAAUUCAAAAAGGGUUUUCUUGUUUUUUUG